AUGGUGCUGGGCAACUUGUCAUCCCUCUCGGAGUUGUCGUCAGAGGGCAAGAGCGGCGCGUUCUUUUACUACACGUCCGAUGGGAAGUACAUGAUGAAAACCGUCACGCACAAGGAGCAGAUGCUACUCAAAAAGAUGCUGAAGAAAUACUAUGACCACAUCACGCAGAACCAGGGCACCUUGCUUGUGCGAUUUCUGGGCCUGCACUGCCUUAGUGUCCGCAAAGACCGAAAAGCCGGCAAGGGCUCUGCGGUGCAGAAGGUCUACUUCGUAGUCAUGGGCAACAUGUUCAAUACUCCCUUUGAAAUUCAUCGCCGCUAUGACUUGAAAGGUUCGUGGAUUGGCAGGGUAACGAAGAUAGAGGAACCCAUUGACCCCAGUGUGGCCCUCAAGGACGUGGACUUCACCAAUGCCGGUGAGUGCAUUCGAGUUGGUGAGGAGCGCAAGGCAAAGCUUGUGGCGCAGAUAGAGCGGGAUAGUGCAUUCCUUAGAGACAACAAUAUCAUUGACUAUUCGCUGCUCCUCGGAAUUUAUGAGCUCACAUCUCAGGGCUCCGAUGACAAAGGCGCUGAGGCGAAAGCAUCAGAUAGCGCCACCGCGGACGCUUCAGGUGACCACGGUGGGGAGUCCUGCCUUGGGUUGAGAGGCGCUAUAGCAGCGACAACCACUGACAUCACUGUCAAGUUGUCUCCGACAGAGGAAUUUAGCCAUGGGGAGGUGCCCAUUCACCAGGCGCACAUGGGCGGCAUGCUGUCCUCAGAUCAGAAGGUGCUGUACUUCCUCGGGAUCAUUGACAUACUUACACCCUAUGAUGGUCGGAAGCACUUGGAGCAUUGGUUUAAGGCGAUACGCUAUGACUCGAGAGGAGUCUCUUGCUGCCCUCCUGGAAUGUAUGCUGAACGCUUUAGCACGUUCAUGCGCAAUGCCAUUGCCUGA